AUGGCAUCAGCACCGGACGUGCUGAAACCCAUGCAUCCUGCUCAGAGGGAUCCCCCCCAAGAGUUACAGCGCGGAGAGGUACUGCAAGACGCAGUUGAGAGAGGCGACAGUUCAGCUGCCAAAGCCAAAGAAGAUGGCAUAGCUUUUUGGACAAACCACACCAAGCCGGUGCUCACAUCUCUCCUCAAAUCCGUCGGAGACUACACUCUCGAGCAACAAGCUUCCCACCUGGACUUCCUUGACAACUACAUUAUUCCUACUAUGGGACGAGCGCCGGUAAAAUCUCGCGCGAGAUCUCUUCUUACACCCAACGGUUCGCCAUUCGAAACCAGUCUUAACAAUAGCGAUAGCGGUAAAUCAUAUGUGCGUUUUUGCUAUGAGCCAGUAUUCCCUGGGUCCGAUGGUCUCACUGAAAACCCUAUCCCAAAAAUUGCUGAAAGAGUUGGUGCAGAUUUACAAUGGUUCAACCAGUUUGCAGACGAGUUCUUUCCCUCGGAGGAAGAUGCUGCGGUUUUGGCGGAAAAGAUGCCAGAGGACACUAUUCGCAUACCCAAAGUCUUUCUAGCCUUUGAUCUCAAGGAGGACAAGCAAAUCAUGAAGGCAUAUUUCUAUCCUGUCAUCAAGUACAUGACCUCCAAAAAGAACUCCGAUAGAGCUGGCUUCGAUCUCAUCCGACGACUUGAGCCCCUUGGUGCCUCUUUUGGGCCUGCACUAGACAUCAUUGAGGGGUAUCAGAAAAGGCUGUACCAAGAUCCACCAUUAACUGUUGUUAUCGGAAUAGACUGCGUGAGUCCAGAAGAAGGUGCACGAGUCAAGAUCUACAUCGAACCGCAAUCCAACACGUGGGAAGCAGUACAAGAGCACGUCACCUUGGGCGGCAAACGAACAGACAAGACGACAUUGGAUGGUCUAGCCAUUCUACAUGAUAUGUGGAACUUGCUUAUCAACGAGCCUGAAGACAGGGAGAUCGAUGAUAAGUUCUCCAAAGAAAUCUUGGAAAAGAAACCUGGUACAAGUGGCGCCUGCUUCAGCUGGGAACUCAAGCCUGGGCAAGACAUGCCGGAAGUGAAGGUUUAUGUACCAUUGAAUCAGUAUUUCAAGAACGAUAAAGAGGUUGUUGAAGCCAUGGAGGAGGUCUUCCGAAAGCGAGGCUGGGCUUGGGGUGUUGAGGGAGCUUAUGGCAAGAUUGUUUCUGACGCAUAG